GGCUACUGCUGUAGCACGCAAGCUAGAGGCUAGUGUUGUGAGGUCGGGUGUGGAUAACGAUAAACAAUCAAGCAACUUCUACGAGAAACCAUUUGAUACUUCGUGGAACUUCAUCCCGUACUUGCUAAAGAACCUUGGUUCCUGCUGUCCACCAGCAACACCGCAAAAGUCUAGAUUCAAUUAUAACACAUAA